GCGCGGGCGUGGGCGGACCGGCCCGCCGCAGGGUAGCCGCCCAAGGACCCGCGCAGAGCGGCGCCGCUAGCGGAGAGCCCGGGAGCGGGCCGGGAGCGUCCCGCCCUCCCGCCCGCCCCUCCCCCGCGGCGCUCGCCCCUCCCCCCUCCUCCCCUCGCGUUGGAAAGUUUCUAGAAUCUCUUCCCAGCAGCCUUUGCGGUUCCAACAUGGCGGAGCUGACGGUGGAGGUUCGCGGCUCCAACGGGGCUUUCUACAAGGGAUUUAUCAAAGAUGUCCACGAAGACUCCCUCACAGUUGUUUUUGAAAAUAAUUGGCAACCAGAACGCCAGGUUCCGUUUAAUGAAGUACGAUUACCACCACCACCUGAUAUAAAAAAAGAAAUUAGUGAAGGAGAUGAAGUAGAGGUAUAUUCAAGAGCAAAUGACCAAGAGCCAUGUGGAUGGUGGCUGGCUAAAGUUCGGAUGAUGAAAGGAGAGUUUUAUGUCAUUGAAUAUGCUGCUUGUGAUGCCACUUACAAUGAAAUAGUCACAUUUGAACGACUUCGGCCUGUCAAUCAAAAUAAAACUGUCAAAAAAAAUACCUUCUUUAAAGCAGUAGGAGCGUGCAGAAUUUUUUAUCAUCCUGAAACUACCCAGCUAAUGAUACUGUCGGCCAGUGAAGCAACUGUGAAGAGAGUAAAUAUCUUAAGUGAUAUGCAUUUGAGAAGUAUUCGGACGAAGUUGAUGCUUAUGUCCAGAAAUGAAGAGGCCACUAAGCAUUUAGAAUGCACAAAACAACUUGCAGCAGCUUUUCAUGAAGAAUUUGUUGUGAGAGAAGAUUUAAUGGGCCUAAAAGCUAGAGGUUUCUUGGAAUUUGUGGAAGAUUUUAUUCAAGUUCCCAGGAAUCUUGUUGGAAAAGUAAUUGGAAAAAAUGGCAAAGUUAUUCAAGAAAUAGUGGAUAAAUCUGGUGUGGUUCGAGUAAGAAUUGAAGGAGACAAUGAAAAUAAACUACCUAGAGAAGAUGGAAUGGUUCCAUUUGUAUUUGUUGGCACUAAAGAAAGUAUUGGAAAUGUGCAAGUUCUUCUAGAGUAUCACAUUGCUUACUUAAAGGAAGUGGAACAACUAAGAAUGGAACGCCUGCAGAUUGAUGAACAGCUGCGACAGAUUGGUUCUAGGUCUUAUAGUGGAAGAGGCAGAGGUCGUCGGGGCCCUAAUUACACCUCCGGUUAUGGUACAAAUUCUGAGCUGUCUAACCCCUCCGAAACAGAAUCUGAGCGUAAAGAUGAGCUGAGUGAUUGGUCAUUGGCAGGAGAAGAUGAUCGAGAGACUCGACAUCAGCGAGACAGCCGGAGACGCCCAGGAGGAAGAGGCAGAAGUGUUUCUGGGGGACGAGGUCGUGGUGGACCACGUGGUGGCAAAUCCUCCAUCAGUUCUGUGCUCAAAGAUCCAGACAGCAAUCCAUACAGCUUACUUGAUAAUACAGAAUCAGAUCAGACUGCAGACACUGACGCCAGCGAAUCUCACCACAGUACUAACCGUCGUAGGCGGUCUCGUAGACGAAGGACUGAUGAAGAUGCUGUUCUGAUGGAUGGAAUGACUGAAUCUGAUACAGCCUCAGUUAAUGAAAAUGGGCUAGAUGAUAGUGAAAAAAAACCCCAGCGACGCAAUCGUAGCCGCAGGCGUCGUUUCAGGGGUCAGGCAGAAGAUAGACAGCCAGUCACAGUUGCAGAUUAUAUUUCUAGAGCUGAGUCUCAGAGCAGACAAAGAAACCUCCCAAGGGAAAGUUUUCAUACCAGUGAUUGA